GUCUUGAUUUGUCAAAGUUAUGAGCAUUUGUAAACAAAACACGCGCUUUAAUCUCUCACACACUGGUUGAUGUUCGCGAUUAUCGUUUGCAAUGUCUAUUAUCCCCGAUCAAUUGAUUGCAACUUUAAAGUCUCGAGAAUAUGGCCAAUUACUCGAAAUUCUAAAGUCAUCAGAUCUAAAUCAACUGUUGAAAACUGAUCAAGUGAUUGAUUUGGUUGUGGCCAUUGCGACUGUGUUCCAACAAUGUGUCCAGUUAUUAUGGUCAGAUAAUGUCAACGAUAAACCGUCCACAUUCGAUGAUUUGAUCUGUGAAUCUUGUCGAUUGCUGCGAAACAGUUGUGCGGCCGGUGCCAUGGUACAAAAUCGAAUAAUUGCAUUCGAACUAGGAUCGUACAAUAUGUAUGACAUAAUCAAUGCGAUAUUAUUUUCAUCCGAAGCAUCUCGACUAUCACAAAAGACGCGAAAAAUGUGUUGGCAAUACGUUGCAAAUAUUUGUGUUCAAAAUGCUGGAACACAACGUGAAAUUUGGUCAAAAUGUAUUGCAUCGCAUCUAUCACAAUUAAAUUGUGUAUGCGACACCGAAAAUAAUCGUGAAUGCACCAUGAUUCUUUACAACAUAUUUAUUAGUGAAAUUUUGUGUACGAUCGAUGUCAAGCAAAUUGUUGAAAUUUUAUUGCAAUGCAUCAUAAACGGUCACGACCUACAAUGUAACGAUUUUCAUCAAUUAUUUAUGGAACACCUAAUCACAAAAUACCGUUCAAUUGCAUCGGUGUACGAUCGAUUGGUGCCAGCUGAAAAGCGACUAUAUUUCAUUUACUAUGUUGCCGAUCACAUGAAAGCCGUUCGUCACGAUGUAAUUUCGACGCCGUUGUUGCAAUUCAUCUGCAAGGAAUUCAAAAAGAAAUCGGAUUGUGUUCUAAAAACACCAUCAACCGUCGAUACCAUUCAUCCAAAAGAAGUGAUCGCUUUGCUAGAAGUAAUUGCAUGUGCCACGUCCGAUGAACGAUACGCAUUCGUUUUAUCAUCAGAUACGUCAUUAUUUAUAAAUGUUGGCUGUUUGUUGCGUUCAAUUCAUGAAAUUGGAAAGCGCGAAAGUGCUGCAAAUAUCUUUACACCCGUACAGAAACUAAACCAAUUAGCGCCCAAUUCAAAUGAAGAUUGUUCCAUCGAACGCGAUAUAUCGUAUCAAUUGAAAUCAACGCUUAUCCGAACAUUGGCCAAUUUAGCAUAUAAAAAUAAAGAAAACCAAGAUUUGGCACGCGAAAUGGAAUUUUUAAUAGCAGUGCUCGACUCCACAGCAUUGGAUGCACGAAAUCCAUUGAUUAAAGAAUGGAGUAUUUUGGCUAUUCGUAAUUUAUGCGAAAACAAUAUGGAGAAUCAAGAAAUAAUUCGGCAGUUAACCAAAGUGGGCGAUUCCAAAUCGGACAUUCUAAAAGAAUUCAACCUUGAUUUAGGAUCGCUUCGAAUAAAUCCAAAUGAAUAAAAACAUUUUUUAAUGAAACAAAGAAUGAAAAAAAAAUCAACAAAUUUCCAAUAA